UCACACACUUCACCUUUCUGCAGCUGGUGCUUCAUUCUAUUGUGCAGAAAGUCAGGUAGUUCCCAGAAUUUUUAAGUAAUGCAGCAUCAUAUGUCUAGUUUUUAUACCAGGAAAAAAGCUGGAUUGAUUUUGUUUUUGUCUGCCUGAUAGAUGUUGUGUGCACUAACCCUGACUUUAGUCCCAAAUUUGUUUCCUCGAAUUAUAUUAGAAUUUAGGGGAAUAUAUGCCAGAUUGGGGUUUUGUUUGAUGUCAGGAUGCCUGAUUUUUUUGUUGGAUGGUCGAAUGAAUCAUGUGACCAUGCAGAAAGGAAGACUGAAACACUUACAACACCACAAACAAGAUAAAAAAAUGUGAAGGGUCUGCAUGGCUUAACUCAGCACAUCAUAGAUUAACAGACUGAAAGCUUGUUGUAAUCAGUUCUUCUUUGUCCUACAGGUUCAGGUGUCCUGGUCGAGGUGUGUUCCGGUGUGCUUUGACUGGAGUGGUGUUUGUUGUGGCCCAGGAGGCGGAGCUGCUGUACAGCAUUGUCCAAUGGGAUGAGAUCAUCCUCCAGACAGCUGGCAAGAUGGCUGCAGGGCCACUAUUCAAAAUCACGUGUUCAGAGGAUGCUGCUGUCUGUCAGCUCCACCUUCCACACUGUGAAACAAAGGAGGCAUUGCUGAUUAAUGGCCUGUUGUCUGUCGUCCACAUCACUGAUGAUGGAAUGAGCAUCUUGAAGCCGUUGAAGAUUACAGACACUCAUGUGAUUGUGAAGGUCCCUCACCUCUCUGCCUUCGGUCUGAUCUGGGAUUACAUCAAAAGGCUUCUGAACUUCAAACGGCCAAUAACUUGCCAAGUUCUACUGUUCCUCAGACCUCCGAGCAGAAGGCAUCAAGUACUCAAUGUAUUACUGCUGCCCAGCAAUGUCCCUCUGAAUGAGGUUGAAGAGAAACAAAGAGGCGCUGAGUACAUCCCGAUUGCUUCCAACUGUCUCCUUCGCUUUGGUCAAAGUUACAGUUUUCACUGUGAACCUCAGAGCUUCAAAAUACAGCCUGAGUGUGAACAAUUUCGCUCAGAUUAUGGACCAAAUUAUCAUCCGACAUUUGAAGUUUUCCUGACAACAAUCCCAGAGGAAUUAACUUUGAUGGUCCAGGACCAAGGGAGGCAAGAAGUCUGGAAACGUGACGUGGAUCUGAUAGGUUCAAAAAGGGACAUUCCACAGAGUAAUGUCCCAGAAGAGGACAGUGUCCAAGCAGAGGACAACGUCCCAGCAGACAAGAGGCUGUUCUCAGUUCGGGCAGAGUUUGUAAGCAGAGUGUCUGAGCCUAAUCUGAACAAGCUUCUGGAUAAACUCCUUGAGCGUCAUGUUAUAAAUGAUGAAGAAAUGCAGUCAGCCAGAACAAAAGUCAGAGCAGACAAAGCACGACAUGUGAUCGACACGGUGCGAAACAAGGGAACUGAAGCCAGUUCAGUUUUGAUCGCUGCUCUCUGUGAGGUGGAUUCACAUCUUUCCAGAGUGCUGCUGAAAUUAAGCUGAAGAAAAAACAAGAAACUGUGGAGUGUGGUGAUGAAUCUCUACAAGAGCUGACUCUUACACAUUACUUCUUGUCAUUUUUGAAUGAAAAGUUUUGCCUUUAAAGCCUGUUUCUAUAUUUUUAAAGAUAUUUUUGGGGCUUUUUUGCCUUUAGGGCAGAUAUAGCCCGAAAGAGGGAGAGAGAGUGGGGAUGAAGGUUGGGUUGGAAUCAAACCUGCGGCCGCUGCAGAGAGGACUCAGCCUUUGAAUAUGCGGUGCACACUCUACCAGGUGAGCUAGUGGGCGCCAAGCUUUUUUUUUUUUUCCCAGUAAGUUGACUUUCACUCUGAAAGUAAUGCAGUCAAGUGAAGAGGGAAAAGAGGGAGAGGAAAAGGGGACAAAAUAGCCUUAUCAGAGUGUUGUCUUUGUUUUUUGCCACUAGAUGGAGGCAGUACUUCACUGAUGGGCAAAGAUGAUGCAGCUGAAGUAUCUGGUAGAUGUGAUAAUCAGAAAAAAAAUGAUAAAGAAUUCUAAGUGAAGAUUAUACACUUUUACCACUUGUAUGAAACUACUUAAGCAUCUCAAGCCUGUGGUCACAUAGUGUUUUUCUUUGGCAGAAAAACAGUGGCAGGGUGCUUGGUUUAAUGACAUGCUGCAUUUGGCUUUUUUUCUGACAUCAUGGCAUUAUUGUUAGCUUGUUAGUUAACAUAACGCUACAUUAACAGAGGGUUGACUACACAGUUAACAAGCUUAAAAUGGAAACACAACACCCACCAUCAAUAUUCAGUGUCCAGCCCAUUUGCUCCCACAAAUGGACUUUUCUGUCUUUGCUUUUGUAGUUUCUGACUGACCAACACAUUUUCAUCCCAACUGGUCAAAUACCACCGCUUUGUCAGUGGACAUACAAGUCAGAAUAUGAUGCACUAGGUAGCCUCUUGUGUCAGUUUAAGAUGUUCAGGGACAACAUGUCAAUUUAUGCGUGUUUCAUGCAUUAUGUGUUUUCAAAAGAUACUUUAAUUUUCAUGGGAAAUGUACAGUUUUGCUCAUUACAUGCAUACAGUUUUUUUUUUUUUUUUUUCAAAAUAAAGUUACAGCGUAAGUUUAACAGUUCGUUUUUACGUUGAUUUUCUUAGGUUUAGGCAACAAAAGCACAUGUUCAGGUUGAGAAAAACAACAACAAAAAAAAACAUCAUGGUUUGGCUGAACAGUGGGCUCCAGGGUGAAACUCCAGAGCUUGUUUGACCCAUCCACCUCUCCUCCCAUCUGCCCUAUAUGGCCUUUGUAGCUCUUUACAUUACAGUAGUUGCUGAGGAUAUUGCAAAUUGCUGCUAACUGGAACAUAUCAGGUUGUCUUUCUGCCUUCAUGUCUGACGCUGACAUCCACUGACAAAGAGCCAGUAUUUGAUGGCUUGUGUUGUUGCCCACCACCCCUAAAACUGACAUGCCUGGUGAGUGUGAUACCACCUCUAAAGGUGCUUCUGAGUGUUGUUCUCUGACACAGAAAUCAGAAAAAAGUAUUUGAUGAGUUGGAAGUGAGAAUGGAGGCUGGACUGACAUAUCAUACAGCUCAGGAAAGACAGCAGCUAAAACAGCAGCAGUGACAACACUAGCACCUUUUUGAAAGGUUCAGAGAUUUUUAACUUCAAGUGCUUGGAGUGACCACACAAAAAACCUCUGAAAAUGUUGGGCACUGCACUUUCUUUCUAGGCUGUAUACACGCUCUCCUCAUUGGGAACAUUUGAAAAAAGAUGCCGGCACUGAGAAAAAAAUGCUAUGUGGACACAGGCCUGGGGAAGCUUGAGAAAAAAAUUAGCUGUAUAAAAAUUUCCAAGGAUGUUGUAAGGUAAAACUCCUUGAAUUCUAAGUGUUUGCCCUCACUUUCCCCCAUUGUCCACCUGAUGCAUGCUGAGCGGUUCUCACUCCUUCAGAGGAAGAUCAUUACAGUAAAUUAACCAUCAGCCUUUUUACAGCCUUGGAUGUAAAUAAAAUAAAAAAGAGAGAAACAUAUACUGCUUAAUAGAGCAUGUCUUUUUCAGGCGGGGGGACUUUUGGCUCUGGACCUUAUUUUACAUUUUGUCUUUAAUAUGCUUUAUUGGGUUGACAGAAAUCUCUGGGAGAAAAAGGUCAAAAGAAAAGGAGCAAUAGCUAUAUAGAUUGACUGUUGACUGUUUUUGAUGCUGAAUGUUUUAGCUGGCCAACAAUCCUGCAAAAACUGUUCAGCUCUUCCACUCUGAAAACCAAUAUUUUUUUAUGAAUCACCUCCCCUUCUUCCCCUUUUUUCUAUUUUAUAUUCUGUCUCUUGACUUUUGCACUGUUUGUUAUACACCAAAUCUCCAAGUUAGAUUCCUUGUAUGUGCUAACCUACCUGGCAAUAAACUAUUUCUGAUUCUUAGAGAAAA